AUUACCUUGACUGCAGCAGGACAAGAUGGCGGUGACACCCGCAAGAAGAUCUUCUUUGUACGAUUUAGGCGUGUGGGCGGACAGGACGGCCCUCCAUGAAGCUGCAUCUCAGGGCAGAACUCUGCAGGUGAGACAACUGAUCCAGAGUCAGGCGUCAGUCAACAUGGUGACGGUGGACAACAUCACUCCGCUGCACGAAGCCUGCUCACAAGCUCAUGUGCCUUGUGCACGAGUGCUGCUGGAAGCCGGAGCACAGGUGGACGUGCGUAACAUCCAUGGUAGCACAGCGUUGUGUAACGCCUGCAGGUCUGGCAGUGUGGAGUGUGUCCAGCUGCUCCUGCAGUACGGAGCCAAGGUCAACCCCUCCCUCACUUCCUUGACCGCCUCCCCUCUGCACGAGGCCUGCAUUCACGGUAAGGAGGAGAUAGUCCACCUGAUGAUCGUCAGCGGGGCUCACCUGGAGGCCUACGACGUGCACCUGGGACCACCUCUGCAUGUGGCCUGUGCUCAAGGACACCUGAAGUGUGCCAGACUUCUUCUGCUGGCAGGAGCCCAAGUGAACUCCAAGAAGUUCCACCAGACCGCCCUGCACCAUGCUGCUGGACUGCACAUGCCAGACCUGGUCCAGCUGCUGCUGGACUUCGGAGCAGACGUGCAGGCCACUGACCAGCAGGGCAAGAAGGCGCUGGACUUGAGCACACCUGGCUCUCCCUCGCACACCUGCCUCAGACUGCAUGAAGGUAACCCUCUGAGCCUUCAGCACCUGUGCAGAAUCUGUGUGAGGAGGGUUCUUGGUACCAGGGCUUCCAAGGUCAUAGGUCAGCUGGACACCCCCCCCAUCAUUCAAAGUUACCUGCAGUUCUCUCUGUAGACACAAAGUAGGUCUGAAGCAGGCUGUAAUACACUUUUCCACCACUAGUGGCAGUCAUGACAAUGUCAAAUAAGCAGAAGAAGACUGCAGCCAAAGCAAUAGAGAAGCGUUUGAAGCGCAAAAAUUCUGACUAAAGUGGUGAAGCUAUAUUUUAAUUUGCAUUUGAAUUUUAUUGACAGUUUAAUCAAGAAACAUAUAUAUAAUUAAUGUUGUUUAUUUAUUGUAGCACAACAUCCUUGUAUGUCAAUUAUUUGAUGUCAGUUGUUUACGAGUCCCUUGAUUAGUGGUUCUUCUUCUAAUCACUAAUCUAAUCUAUGUACUAAAUAAAGAAUCCUU